UCUGGUGCUGCUCCAGUCGGCCUUGGUCCAAUCAACUCUCAGAUAUUACCUUACCUGAGGAAUUGUCAUAGCACUGCCUCCUCUUCCCUGCACACCUAGUCUUGUCCCUCUCCGAUAACUGCCUACCGCCAUGCAAAACCCCUGGCCGCCCCCGCAAGGGCCGAUGAUGUCCGCUCCCCCGCCCAACGCGCAGCCAUAUCCGAGCCAGCUUCCGAGCCAGCCCCCGAACCAGAUGUACGGGGCUCCUUACCAGACUGCAAACGGAGGUUCGGCCGCAGGAUUCCCAGGGCCGGGCGGAAUCGGCGCGCAGUACCCUGCAGGGCAACCUCCCGGUAUCGGCGCGCAGUGGAAUAGCGGGGCCCCGGCCACUUAUGGAUCUCCCGCUGGCGCUGCGACGACUACAGGAUGGUCCUCUGGACCGCCGCCUAUGGGUUCGUCCAUGGGGGGCGCGCCUGGCUCUGCGCCUGGUGCCGCGCCUGGUGCGCCGUUCCCCCCCCCUUACCCUUCACCCGGAAAUGCUCCCCAGAGCCAGCAGCGCUGGCAGCCACAGCAGCAGCCACAGCAGCAACAGCAGCAACAGCCAUUUUACCAGCAACAACAGCAGCAGCCACAGCAACAGCAGCCGCAGCAGCAGCAGCUUCAGCCACCACCACAACAGCAGCAGCAGCAGUGGCAGAAUCCGCCUCCGCCACUCACUAGUCCCGGUGCCCCACCCGUUGCCAGCCCUCAGAGCAAAGCCGUAGGGCCAAACCCGAACGCCGCUCCUCCUCAGUACCAGCAGCAGCAGCAGCAACGGCCACAGCAGCAGCAGCCAUUUCACCAGCAGCAGCCGCCACCGCAGCAGCAGUAUCAGCCUCCCCAGUCCUACCCUCCCCGUCAACCCCCUCCAUCUGCGUCUCCGCUUCCCAAAUCCAACGCGCCUUCUUUCCCUUACCCUGCCAUGCAACCUCCGUACCAAGUGCAACAGCAGCAGCAACAGCAGCAGCAAAUGCAACCUAUACUCUCCACUCCUGCACGUCCUCCCCAACAAUCCUUCCCCCCACCUUCUUCCCCCUACCCCCCCGCCCCAGCCCCCUUGCCCUCGCCUCAAGCUCCCAUCCCCCCCUUUAACCGCCCCCCUGCGCCCUACCCCCCAAACCACUCUUUUCCGCAAAACCCUCCUUAUCCCCCAAACCCUGCGUUUGCCCCUCCGCCCAUGCGCCCCCCUCCUUCCCCGAUUGGCGGAGGGCCCCCCCAUUCUCCCGCUGCCCCUCCCUCCCCCGGUGCCCCUGGUGCGCUGAAUUUGGGGAAUGGGCAGCCAGGGCGGGGUGGAAUGGGGAGGGCGGAGGUGGGCAGGGGAGGAGGCGGGGGAGGGAGAGGAGGGUGGGGGGAUGGGGAACGGGGAGGAGGGAGAGGGGGCGGAGCGAGGGGAAGGGGCGGGGAAAGAAGUUGGGGUGGCGGUAGAGGAGGGGAGGGGCGGGGAUUCGGGGACGGAAGAGGUGGGGGGAGAGAGGGGAGGGGGAGAGGGCCGGGGGGGAGGUGGGGCGGACGUGGCGGGUGGGGGGAGGGGAGGCGGGAUGGGGAGGGAAGAGGGAGAAUGGGGGGGAGAAUGGGGGGCGAUAGAAUGAAUGGUGGUUACCACCAGAAUCAAGGUAUCCACGCGGCACCAUCAUCGUCGUCGUCAUCACCAUCAGCAUCACUAGCACCAUCAUCACCACAAGCACCCCCCGGAGUAGCAGCCCUCCCACCUUCACCAGCAUCAGCAUCCGCAUCAGCAGCAGCAGCAGCAGCAGCAGGCGCAGCAGCAGCAGGAGCUGGAGGAGGAGCAGCGACAACGGUAGGAACAGUAGCAGCAGCCGGGGCAGCAGGGGCAGCAGGAGCAGCAGUAGCUGCGUCUCCGUUCGCGUGUGCACCGUGUGACCGGUCGUUCUCUUCUCGGGACUUCCUCACAGCGCAUCUGGGCACGCAUGAGAGCUGCGACUCGCCCGGAUGCUCCUUCUCCGCAUGCGGGCGGGCUCUCAAGGACCACAAGGCAUCCGUCCACGCCACGCCUUCCUCUGCCCGGCUGAAAAGAGCGUUGGAGUACCGCAAGAAGGAGAGCCCCGAGCAGCUGGCCAAGUGGGUGGAGGAGCGCCGCAGAAACUUCCCCACUGCCAGCAACGUGCAGCGCAAGGAGGAGGAGGCCAGGAAGCGCAAGGAGAGGGGCGAGCUGGUGGAUGAGGAACGCAGAUUGAGACAACAGCGCCUAAGGGAGGUGUUGGCCCUUCAAGCCAAUCUGGGCCUGCCCAUUUGCGAAGUGUCCAGAGCGAAUGGUGCUGUGGAUGUUAGUAGUGGUGGCGGUGCUGCUGCUGCUGCUGCUCCUGCAGGUGGUGGUGAGAAGGAGAACGGAGACGAGGAGAAGGAGGGGGACUUGAUGAGGGGUUCUGAGGAAGAGAGUUUUGGAACACCAGAGGGGAGUGGCGACAUGGCAGAGCAACAGCAGGGUGAGGAUGAAGUGGAAGAAUUUGGAAUAGAGGGGGAGGAAGGGAUUGACAUGGGAGCAGAGGACGAGGAGGAGGGGGAGGAGGAAGAGGAUGAGGAAGAGGCAGGCGUAGAGCGAGGAGAAGGGGGCGGAGGUGGAGGAGAGGUGGUGGUGGCAGGUGGGGAUGAAGGGGCAUGCGGCAUGAGGAAGGAUGGUUGCACUGGGGCUGUUUCCACUGCAGGGGCAACAGGGGCAAUAGGGGCAACAGGGGCAACAGGGGCAAUAGGAGCAAGUGCAUCAGGCGAGGCAGCAGAGGUGGAGCCGUCAGAGAAGGACAAGAUGAUGUUGGAGGCAGCAGCACCAGUUGGUGAUGGUGCCCCUGCUCCAACACCCGUGGCUGCUGCUGCUACUACUGCUACUGCUGCUGCAUCUGCUGCCGCUGCAUCAGCUGCUAUUCCCGCUCUUCAUGCUUCCCCGACGCCACUCACUGCUCCUCCCACUGUUAUUCCUCCCGUUGCUGCAACAACUGCACAGCCCGGCUCGUCAGCUGAACCUGCGGGUGCCCACACUGAAAGCCCUGCCCCCUUGCCCCCCCAGCGCCCUGCGCGGACUGCCACCAAGCGCGUGUGCUCCUUCUUCCUGCGCGGGCACUGCAAGAAGGGCGCCCGCUGCACCUUCGCACACAUUGGCGCCCACGACUGGCAGCAGCAGGCGCAAUGGGAGGCGCAGGGGCAGGGCCAGGGGCAGGGGCAGGGGCAGUGGGAGCAGCAGGGGCAGAUGGAUGGACAGGGGCAGGGGCAAGGGCAAGGGCAGCAUGGGGGGUGGCCGAACCAACGGCAGGAGAGGAACCAGGAGUAUCCGAGCAACCAGAGCGACCGGGAUAACAGGGACAACCAGGGCAAUGCUCGGUCGCCGAGCCUGCUGGCGAAGCUGCUGGAGAAGGAGGUUCGGCGUGAGCGGAGCCACGUGCUGCAGGUGGUGCGGCUGGUGGUGAACAACGACUUCCUGCUCGCCCACCCCUACAAGCCACUGCUGCUCUUCCCGUGGGCGCAGGAGGAAGGGCGGGAGGGGCAGGGGCAGGGGCAGGGGCAGGGGCAGGGGCAGGGGCAGGGGCAAGGGGAGGAGAAGGGAGAGGGGCCAGAGCAGACGCAGGGGUAGGGGUAGGAAAAGGGGAAAGUGGGAAGGUGUUGGGGAUUGGGCACGUGCGUGACUUGGAUGGGCCACCUGUGUGGCUGGCUGCGCUAGUGUUGGUCCUCGCUCAUGGGUUGAGGAAGCUAGGCAGGGAGGAAAGUGAGAGAUGGAGAGAGGGAGAGGGGAGAGAUCGAGAGGGAGCGAGAGUGGGGGAGAGAGGGAAGGGGCAACUAAGAGCCGGUAUGCAGCUGGCGUGGUUGAACUAGAAGGGAAGAGGGGGCAGUGUUGCAACUUGGUUGGUAGAGAAGACUUUUGUUUGUGCUGAAGGGAUGCGAUGCGAUGCAAGCACCAUAUUCUUGCCUAACGCCUCAUCUAAUCUCUGGUUCUUCUACCAAGGUGAUUACCGCAGUAGUGGGUUUGUUGCUUCAACGGUACGGUACUCCAAGUGCAAGGAACAUUUCGCAAUUCGGAUCUGUUUCGGCAAUAGAGUGUCAACAUAUAUUUGUAGUAUAUGUAAUAGGCUAGAUAGGUGCAUGCUCAUAGAUAGUACAACUCGAUAUGACAAAACCACCCUGU